AUGUCGUCUUCUGAUGCCUGGGAGAAGGAGGACGAGCACCGCGCUUUGACCGAGCUGCAUGCUCGCGUGCUUCGAUUAUGCGAAGCCUUGCGACGCACGACGCCUGCGGAGAAAGAAUAUGCCAGGGUGCUUGAGGCAUUGCUGGCCGAGAUCGGUACAAGGUGCAGUCUGAUUAGGACUUAUCGGAAUUAUAACCCAAGGCUGAAGCCCUUUCUUAUUGAUCUCGAGAAUAAGCUGCAAUCAAUACCCAUGCACCCCCUAAACAUAACGGACGAAAAGGGGCCAUCAGGAUACCAUCUCAGUCAUGAGGAUAUGAAGGACAUCAUGUACGAUGCAGAUAGCUGUCUGUAUGGCGAGAUAAGACAGGAGAGAAGACUGAGUGGAAACGCUCACACUUCUCCUGGUGCUCCCCCCAGGCUAUACAUUGACACCUGGGGAAUUCAACAUGGACCAUGGAGGGACCAGAUAGAGCACAUACGGAACACCUUGCUCGUAAAUCGACAUUUAUCAGACUGGAUACAACCCCAUGAGCUUCGUCAAUGGAUUGAUCAGUGUGAUGCACAGCAUGCCGACCAUUGUGGGCCCCAGGCUGCAAGCAACAAGAUCUUUCGUCAUCGUCCAAAACGCUUGGUCGAUUUAGAGCACAUGUGCAUCAUACCAGCCGAACCUCACCAUCGGUACGUUGCUCUAAGCUACGUUUGGGGGACUGGUAGUUCCCUGCAGUCUUUGAAACACAGCCUAGAUUUGUUACUCAUUGGAGACUCCCGCGAUGUCAAGGACGAAGCGAAGAAGGCAUCUCUGAAUCCCAAAACUCUUCUCAGGCACGCCACCGGAAAGGAAAACAACGUAGUGUCAGAGUCAUUACCUCCAACAGUUCAGCAUGUCAUCGAACUUGUUAGAAGACUUGACGAGAGAUAUUUGUGGAUAGACUCGCUCUGCAUCAUCCAAGACGAUGGAAAUGAAAAGUCGGAGGAGCUGAGCCAUAUGGGAUCCAUCUACGCAAACGCCUAUGUCACCGUCGUGGCAGCGGGAGGCAACUCCUUUACCGGCCUACAUGGAAUCGAGAACAUCACACCGCCAAUGGAGAGGCCUAAUAAAACACCCUUAUAUCUUGAAGCCCCGAAGGCCGCCUCUGAAGAGGUAAAAGCUGCUCAUGGAUACAUCUCAAGGUCUAUGUGGAACCGGAGGGCAUGGACGUUCCAAGAGCAGAUCUUCUCACGACGACUGCUUGUCUUGAGCGAGGCCCGCAUCACUUGGGAAUGUCACUGUGCUGUUUGGUUUGAAGGCCUGGAGGUAGUUCAGGCGCAGUGUAAGAAGCAGCGUCAGGUUGUUCCCGGUCUUUCCUUUGGAGCGGAAGCAAACAUGAAAGACUAUUCGAAACAUGUUACCGAAUAUAACCGGCGUGUGCUAACUUACCCUGAGGAUGCACUGGACGCUUUUGCGGGAAUUCUUGGAGCAUUGUCUGGAAUAUUCGUUGAUGGAUUCAUCUGCGGGCUGCCGCGAACAUUCUUUGAUACAGCCCUUCUCUGGUACAAUCAAAUCCCCGUGGAGCUGCGGAAGCCUGCCCACAGGACUGCUGAAACGGCGAUGCCUCCAACGUGGAGUUGGGCGGCGUGGUCUGGGUCUAUAGAAUUUCCAGACAAUGAUAUUCACCCACUCGCAGAUUGGUGGUACAGAGAAAACAACACUACCUCUUGGGAACCUGUCUCAAGCCAACAGGACCGAGGGGGCGCAACUAUGCGAGAUCCGCCGGUCGUGGAGGAAGAUUGGGUACCUCAUCUUCUUUAUGCACGCGUACAAUGUGCUGUUUUUCAAACUAUGGAUAUGGAUUCCACUCCUGUUAUAUACCUGAAGGGGGUAGCUGACGAUGGAGUUGGGGCUGUCACUCCUUGCGCUCUAAUGCCCACUUCUCCGGCUAAUGGCUUAACUCUUGAACUCGUAGCGGUUUCUGAGUGCUUAAUCAACGGCGCAUUGGCUACAAACAUCCUUUGGAUUGAGAGAAAUGGACUCACUGCCUACAGAAAAGGAGUUGGAAGAGUUUUGAAGUCAGCAUGGGAACUGCAAAAACCUGACAUGAUAGAUCUGUUGCUCGGCUAG